AUGCCGAGACUGUUGACGCAAGACACCGCCAGCAAGGUUAGCAGGCUUUCUUCAGCCUAUCGAGGGCCCUCGCCGGUUGUUCCAGCAAAUGGUAUGGACGAAGUAAGGCUGUUAUCGACAUCUCAUUCUGGAAACGAAUGCAUCUUCGUAGCUACUGACUACCCCGCCCACUACACUGAGAGACUGCCCAUCGACAAAGCACAGUUCUUCAUCGAGAACAUCGUCCUGCAUGACGGAGCCCCAGAGGUACUUUUUACCGACAGAGGUACAGUCUUAACGGUGGAUGUAACUGAGGUGAUCCUGAAGUACAGCCAGAUAGGUCUCCGCCGGACCACCACCUAUCACCCUCAGACCAUUGGCCUCACUGAGCGUUUGAAUAAGACCAUCGACAAUAUGAUGGCCAUGUAUGUCGACGUCGAGCACAAGACGUGCGAUGCCAUCCUUCCGUAUAUGACCUUUGCAAACAACAUGGCCGCGCAAGAAACGACGCAAAUGACACCGUAUAGAUUAGUUUAUGGAAGAACCCCGGCAACAAUGCUCAACGCCACGUUACCCAAUGUCUCCAAGGACGAAAACAUCAACGUCACCAUGUAUCUUCAGCGCACCGAAGAAGCCCGACAAUUCGCCCGUCUGCGCAUCCAUAGCCAGCAAAAGACCGCCAGCUGUCAAUAA